AUGAGCUUCGUCUACGGCAAGGGCGAGGGCCCGACGGCGCGCGACCCCUUCGACAAGGAGUGGUGGCGCAACGUGAGCUCGCGCCAGGCCGUCGUCAAGCAGACGGGGUCGCUCUGGGCGGACCAGUCCAUCAAGCGGCGCAAGCCCAAGCCCAUCACCUUCCCCGAGCCCUGGGCGGGCCCCGGGUUGGACCGCGUGCCCGUCGUCGUCGUCACGGGCGGCCUCGGGAGCGGGAAGACGGCGGCCGCGCGGGGCCUCGCGGCGCGCGCGGCCGCCGAGGCCGCGGCGGGCGGCCGCGUGCGCGGCGGCCCCGUCGUCGUGGUCACGCACCGCUACUGGCAGGAGCACGGCGUGACGCCGCCGCCGGCCGGCGGCGGCGACGUGCGGCACCACGCGGUCUUCGAUUUCGGGAACGCGUGCAUCUGUUGCGCGCCCGACGGCGACUUCCAGGCGCUGCUCAAGCGGCUCCACCCGGAGGGCAUCGGCUGCGUCGUCGUCGAGACGACGGGCACGUCGGACCCGGCCCUCUUCGCGCGCAUCCUCUUCCAGGACGCGGUGCUGCUGGCCAAGUUCGCGCUCCGGUCGAUCGUCGCCGUCUUCGACGCGAGGACCGUCGAGGCGCAGCUCGCCAAGCCGGACCGGCCGGGCGCGAAGAACCCGCACCGCCUCCAGCUGCUGUCGGCGGACCGCGUCCUCCUGAGCCACGGCGGCGACUGCGGCGACGGCGGCGCGGCCGCGGCCGAGGCCGCCGCGGCCGCCGCGGGCGACGGCGCGGUCGCCGUGGACGUCGUCGAGGACCUGCGGCGCGGCGGCGCGCUCUUAGAUGAUGCGCUGCGACCGGCCCUCGACGCCGCGGCGCCGGGCUUCGCCGUCGACGCCGUCGACGCGCGGCGGCCCGCGUUUUUAGGCGACGCCGCGUACGACGCGGUGCGGCCCUGCCGCUUCGUCAAGGCCAUGGUGAGCUUCGCGCCGAGCGACGGCGUGCUCAACGCCGUCUGCAUCCUCGAGCAGGGCUUCGUCUACGAGAAGCAGCUCCGGGACCUCGCGGCGCGGCUCGGCGGCGCGCUCCGCGGCGGCGAGAUCUGCCGCUUCAAGGCCGCGGGGCUCCUGCGGCUGCCGACGGGCCGCCUCGAGGGCGUGCUCCUCGACGGCUCCCUGGACCGCUGCGACGAGGCGCGCGUGCCCGUGGACCCCGCGGCCGCCGCGCGGGGGCCUCGAUCGGCGUUCGAGGUCAUGGACGAGGCCGCGGACGACUCGAAGCUCGGCGAGGCCGGCGACUGGGCGCCGGACGUCGGCGCGCCCUGCGUGCGCCUCUUCGUCAUCGGCAAGCGCCUCAACGCCGCGGCCCUCCGCGCGGCCGUCCGCGCGACGGUCAUCCCCGAGGGCUUUGUGUACGCGGCGGACGAGGAGCUCGACUUCGGCCUCUUCACGGACGGCGACGACGCCGCCGACGACCCGUUGUCGCGCCUCAUCGCGGGGGCCCCGGCGGAGCCCAAGACCGAACUCACCGUCGACCUCGACGGCGCGGCCGUGACGCUCUUCCGCCGGCCGGACGGCGGCUACGCGGCGAAGCGCGACGGCAACGACGCGGAGCUCGAGGUCAUCAAGAUGUUCGCGUCGGCGCUCUACGUCUCCCUCCCGGACGUCGCGUCCCUCCCCGCGCCGCCGCCCGUCAUGUAG